GUGCUGCGGUAAACGGGGCUGAGGCACAUUCCUGCUUUGCAAGCCUUUCUGUUAAGGAUGUUCUGUGGCUUUUGUUUGGAUUGCAGCAUGCAGAAUUACAGCUGUUCAGAGGAGACUCAUUACAACUCCUGCUGAAGCUCCUAGUCUUCUUCCCUUCUCUUCUGCCCCUACCCCCUACCCUCACUGGCCUGAAGACAUUGUACCCAGAGUUUGCCUUACCUCCCCAGUGUGCUAUGUGUAUGGUAAACCUGGUACUAUGGCCUCGUCUGGGACUGGCCAGAUAACUGCUGCUGGCUCUCCCUAUUCCAAGGAUUUAAAGGGGAAUUGCACUGCAGGCAAUGCACCAGAGCAGCAGCAUCGGGAGCUUGGGGACUAAGGCUCCUCUGACAUUAUUACAAACACACAGAGCUGACCGCAAUGACAGCAGCUGCUCCUUUGAACUGUUGGCAGCAGUCAAGCGGCAGCAUGAAGUGAGAGAUCACUCCUGAGCUCAAGAUGAACUCCACCUUGGAUGGUAAUCAGAGCAGCAGCCCUUUCUGCCUCUUGGCAUUUGGCUAUUUGGAAACUGUCGAUUUUUGCAUUUUGGAAGUGUCGAUUAUCGUCUUUCUAACUGUAUUGAUUAUUUCUGGCAACAUCAUUGUGAUUUUUGUAUUUCACUGUGCACCUUUGUUGAACCACCACACUACAAGUUAUUUUAUUCAGACUAUGGCAUACGCUGACCUCUUGGUUGGGGUAAGCUGCCUGGUCCCUUCAUUAUCUCUCCUCCACUACCCCCUUCCGGUAAAGGAGUCCUUGACUUGCCAGGUAUUUGGUUUUGUAGUAUCGGUUCUGAAGAGUGUCUCCAUGGCCUCUCUGGCCUGUAUCAGCAUCGAUAGAUAUAUUGCCAUCACUAAACCUUUAACCUAUAAUACCCUGGUUACGCCCUGGAGACUACGCCUAUGUAUUUUCCUGAUUUGGCUGUACUCCACCCUGGUCUUCCUGCCUUCCUUUUUCCACUGGGGCAAACCUGGAUAUCAUGGAGAUGUGUUUCAGUGGUGUGCGGAGUCCUGGCACACCGACCCCUACUUCACCCUGUUCAUCGUGAUGAUGUUAUAUGCCCCAGCAGCCCUCAUUGUGUGCUUCACCUAUUUCAACAUCUUCCGAAUCUGCCAACAGCACACAAAGGAAAUCAGCGAAAGGCAAGCCCGCUUCAGCAGCCAGAAUGGGGAGACUGGGGAGGUGCAGGCCUGUCCCGAUAAGCGCUAUGCCAUGGUCCUGUUCCGAAUUACUAGUGUAUUUUACAUCCUCUGGUUGCCAUACAUCAUCUACUUCUUGUUGGAGAGCUCCACUGGCCACAGCAACCGCUUCGCAUCCUUCUUGACCACCUGGCUUGCUAUUAGUAACAGUUUCUGCAACUGUGUCAUUUAUAGUCUCUCCAACAGCGUCUUCCAAAGGGGACUAAAGCGCCUCUCAGGGGCCAUGUGUACUUCUUGUGCAAGUCAGACCAUAGCUAAGGACCCUUACACGGAUAGGAACAAAGGCCCCCUUAAUGGAUGCCAUGUCUGAAGUGGUUCGGAUAUUGGGUCACUAUGUGUGUGUGUGUGUGUGUGUGUUUCCUUUUUAUCUCUUUGUAUUUCGAGUUCAGUAGGAAAUCGGGGACAAAAUAAUUUGACUCUAAGCAAUAGCAAACAAAUGGUCCAUCCAAAAUACCUUCUAAGUUUGCAGAAAUGAUUUUCUAAAAAAGUGCUUUUCAAUCAGAAGAAUCAGGACUGUGAAGAUAAAUUGCUCUUGGUAUCAAUUUUUGUAAUGUGGGAAAUGACUAUAGUUCUCAGAUUUAAAAUGAAUAAAGCCAUAUCUAACACC